UGAUUAAUUAAAUGUGAGACGUGGAGCAACUUUGAAGUUUUCCUGAACAGCUUGAAAGUAGAUUUUCACAGUGUGGGAACAUUUUAUCUUAGAGGGCAGAAGGUUUUUGUGAUGUUUAUAAAAGUGGCUUUAUCUACGAAAUGAUAAGGUUACCAGCUUAUUUUCACAUACUGUAUUAUAAUCCAUGAAUUGUCAGUAUUUCAUUUUAGACAGAACAAAUGUGACUUAACUUUAUCUACAGGUGUGACAUGUAACUUAGUCUUAAGCUUAACAAAACGACAACUAACCACUUCCUUUUCUCUGCGCCGCCUCCACUUGUACUAAUGAAGCAGGUAGUGUAGCUCCAGUUUGACUCUUGCUGCCUGAUGGACAUGAUCAGUCUAAAUCCAGCAGUGUUCAUCUUCAUUCAGCUGAUAUGGCCGGCCUUUGCAGCUUCAGGGAUUAUAACAUCUGACUACUGGAAUGUAUCGGUGUCAGAGGGAGAUUCAGUCGUGUUCAACUGCAACAUAUCUGAGAAAAAUACAACACAAAUCAACUGGACCAAGAGCAGAUUUAUGUUUUCAUUGGCAAUACAGCUUCAGCAAAACUUUUCAAACUUCUCUGACAGAGUUACAAUAGACCUCGUCAACAAGUCAAACCUAAAAAUUGUUAGUGCUCAACUUAAUGAUUCAGGACUUUAUACAUGUGAGAUAACUGACUACCGCGGCGUCAACAGUAUUACAUGGAAUUUAACAGUUUCUGAGAAAGAAACAAGUUUACUUAGUAAAGUCGUAUUCAUCCCUUCACUUGCUGCUGGAUUCCUUCUAUGUUACAUCACAGCAAUUAUCUGUCUCUGCAGAAAAUAUGGGACCAGAACAGAAAAUCAGAAUCCAUUCCAGGACCAGUUUCAGUCUCAGACAGAAGAGGCGGUCAACAUGCAAUUACAAGGUGGUACGAAUCAUCAGAGAAACAAGCGGAGGAGAGAGUAUAUGGAGAGACUGAAUUCAAUCUAUGAUCAUUUCUAAACUGACACACCAUAGAGAAACAUCAACACGGAUCCAUUUUGCAAAGGAAGGCUGUGAAACAUGGGAAAUAACCCCUCUGUCUUCCUGUGAAAGGAAUUUUUACCUUGCUGAUAGUAUAUUAAUGUUUCAGCAUAUUUAAUGAGCACAUUUUAUUGGACAUUUUUCCGGUUGUUCUACUUUAUGUUCUCACUAUUGCAAUUCAAUAAUUAUGUCUGGAUAUCAUAAAUCAUCCCAAAUUGACUCUGUAUAGUUUACCUGAGUGGCAAACUAAAAUCUAAAGUUUUGUUUUAAGUUAGUCCAGUCCAGUCCAGAGGCCAUGUGCAGAUGUUAGUUACUUUUAAUUUGACCUGCUGCUCUACAGGAGGAUUUACCAAUAUUUCUAGUCUAUAACAAGAUGGCACACAUAACUGUGUGAGAUUAAAAGAAUAACUUUUCUCCAAGUUUCAGUAUUUCAGACAGUCUUUAACAUUUUUUGCCAUCAGAGUCACUUUCAGGAUUUUUGCAGGGAGGAAGGACUUUGAAUGUAAGGUUACAGGUUUGGUUCUAAUAAUGUUGAAUCGUUUGUUAUUGAUACAUGCAGAUGAUUCCUUUGAGAACUCAUCACUGUUAGAGCCACAAAACCUGAAUUUAUAAACAGGCUUGUGGAAAAAAAAAAAUUAAUAAAACAACAAGAAAUAGUUUUUUGGGGCAGCAUGUUGCACUACAACAGCUUCAACCUGCUUUUCUGUUGACUCAACAUGACUGAGGAAUAUCCGUCUUAUUUUUAUUUUAUUUAUUUAGUUUUUCUAAUUUGAAGAUUUGAUGAGCACAAAUAUUCAGCUGGAAGUCCUGGUAACUGUAAAGGUCAUUGCAACCGAUAUUGUUUUCAUGGAUCUACACAGCAAAACAUGCAGUGAUGUUUCACUGUAUGAGAGGUUCCCCUCCAGAAUCUGUACCCAUUUU